UAGUCGAUCAACAAGGGUUUAAUAAAAUAUUUAUGUGUAUAACAUUGAGGAGUUUCACAUUAUAGAUUAGUAAAACCAAACUUCAAUGCGUUCAAUGUUCAAUGUAUAUUAUUUGAUUAUUUUAUUACCUUUCUGACGGAUGAAAUCGUUUUCAAAUCUUAAAAGCCCGUGUUUUUUGUUUUGACUCUACGUUUAUGCCGGUGUUAUGUUGGCAACAUUGUUCUUUCGAAGGUUUACGAGUGGCUCGGAAAAGUGGCCAAGUUCAGGCGAGUGGCUGAAAAAAGUGGCCAACUUCACGGUCGUGUUAAAAUUCACAUUUGAAUUGAAUAAAAUCAUAUUUUAAACUUUUUCUUAACCUAAAUACGCCAGAUCGUACACAUGAAUUUGGCUUUGAUCAGAGAGCCAGAAACCAGACCUGCAGCUCUAGGGACUACUUGACUUGACACAAGAAGUCGCAAGGAUGAACUCAUUACGCUUAUUCAGUGAAGCAAUAAUAAAAAAUAACGCAAAGACUCAGUCUGCCAGGCAAACAGUCCUCACCCUCAGCUUGGCAUGUCGAUGCUCCAACGUGACAUUAAAAAGAUUUGUAUCCACAAGGACCAUUCCCGCAAACAAAGAAGGUGAAAAGGUCACUCCACUCGGUUGGUUUUUGCUGCUCAUGCCAGUCACAGCCUUUGGACUUGGGUCAUGGCAGGUGAAGAGAAGGGCGUGGAAGCUUCAGCUAAUCGAAGACUUGUCUAAACGGACAAUGAGCAAGCCAGUAGAAUUGCCUCAAAGUAUGGACAAAAUCGAGGAAUUGGAAUACUGUCCUGUGACGGUAAGAGGAACUUUUGACCACUCGAAAGAAGUAUUUAUUGGGCCACGGUCACUCCUGACCACGGAGGAAACAAGUAGUGCCCUAAUGCCUGGCAAAUCAGGAGUUUUGGUUGUGACACCCUUUAAAUUAGCCGACCGAGACGAAACAAUAUUAGUUCAAAGAGGAUGGAUUCCGUCAAACUUGAAGAAUUCCACCAAGCGUUUGCAAGGUCAAGUUGAGGGUGAAGUGACCCUCACCGGAGUUGUCAGAUUGAAUGAACAGAGGGGUGCUUUUAUUCCGAAGAGCCAACCUACUGCCAAAAUGUUCUACUUCAGGGAUAUGGAAACAAUGGCUAGAGAAUUAGGAACAGACCCUAUUUUCCUUGAUGCCCUGGCUAGCAGCACAGUGCCAGGAGGGCCGAUUGGUGGCCAGACUAGGGUGUCCCUGCGAAACGAGCACUUUUCCUAUAUUUUGACUUGGUACUCCCUGAGUGCUUUCACAGGCUACAUGUGGUACAGGAAUGUGUUGAAAAAAGUACCAUUAUUAUAAAUAUUAAUUUUAAUAAAGUUUAUUGUUUGAAUUAAAAAAAAAAGCAAAUUUAUGUAAAAGAACUAUACAGCAUGUUUUAUUUUGCUAUCUUCUACAAUUAAAUUUGGCAGACCUAUUUAUUUUAUAUAAAUGAGUAAAACAG